AUGUCUGGCUUCGACACGAUAUGGCCUGCAGACUCGGCAGAGUUCUGCCCUCACCCCGACAGGCACAAUAUUUUUGUUUGUGGAACGUACAAGCUUGAGCAACCAAUGCCUGCCCUUGAGGAAGUGGAUGAUCACGCAGACCCCUCGGAUACGUCUUUCGUGAAGAAAUCACAGACGCGACGCGGCAAGUGCCUUCUCUUCCGCGCUGACAGUGAUGGCCGCCCAAAUUUGCUUCAGGAAACAGAGCUUCCUGCGAUACUGGACAUGAAGUGGUGUCAUCGAACAUCCCAUGUCCUUCCUCUGCUCGCGAUCGCCGACUCGGAGGGCCAUAUCACUUUACAUCAGCUCGAGAAGGGCACGGCUCGCCUCACGCAGAUACAAUCAAUCGCAUGCGCGGCUUCGGAUGUAUUGUGUCUAUCGCUUGAUUGGUCCAAUCGCAGAAUGCCCGCUGACGGGAUGGGCAAGCUCGUCGUCUCCCUUUCCAACGGAUCUCUUUCCCUUCUCUCCCCAUCAGCUGCCGAGCUCGUCGUCACGGAUUCUUGGCAUGCACAUGACUACGAACCAUGGAUUGCCGCAUGGAACUACUGGGACACUAACGUCGUGUAUUCGGGCGGAGACGACCUCCAAAUGAAGGGGUGGGAUAUCAGACAGGGUGGUGCUCAGCCAACCUUCACCAACAAAAGGUUCGACGCUGGCGUGACUACUAUCCAAAGCCAUCCUUUCGUAGAGCACCUCAUGGCUGUUGGAAGCUAUGACAACACCGUGCGGCUCUUCGACACGCGUAAACCUCUUGUACCUCUCACACAGGUUGACGUCGGAGGCGGCGCAUGGCGAGUGAAAUGGCAUCCGACUCCCGCCCGAAAGAACGACUUGCUCGUGGCCUGCAUGCAUGAUGGAUUCAAAGUGGUCCGCUUCGAGCUCAUCGGGGAAGACCCUGUGCAACCCUUAUCGUCGGAGAUCAUCAAACGCUUUAACGAGCACACGUCGCUGGCGUACGGCGUGGACUGGUCAUUUGCGGACGCGGUGGACGACGGUACACUAGUGGCAAGCGCUUCGUUCUACGAUCAGAUGUUACAUGUAUGGAGAGCGUAA